UACCUCACUCGCGCUCUCUCUCGCAUGCUUUCUCUCUCGGUCUCUUUCCCCCUCUCUCUCUCUCUGAGCUUCAGGAAUAUCUUGCGCACCAGAUGUCGCUUAAUCUCAACAAGAAGCAGUCAUCAAUCAUUUGGUGUGAUUUUAAUUUCAUGAACCGAGGAAGGCUCUGGUGUUCUUGGAAGUUUUUGUUUUGGCAUUGGACUUGACUGUUCUCUUUUGUCAUUCUCAUUGCAUUGUAUUGCACGGUAGAGUUAUUGCAGACGUUUUGUUAUUUGUUGAUUAACAUACAGCGGGUUACACAUUAUAUUCCUCACUGCUUGUAAGGAAAUUGUAUACUGGGAAUCAAAGUUAUGGAAUCGAGGAACUCUGGCUUGGAUCACUUGAUGGGGAAGGAGUUGUUUCCCUUUCCGGGGGUUCGGUUUAAUCCCACAGAUGUUGAGCUAGUUAUGUUCUUUCUAUUGAGGAAAGUUAUGGGGAGAAAGUGCCCCGUUGAAGUCAUUGCAGAAGUUGAUGUAUACAAGGUUUCCCCUUGGGACCUUCCAGAUAAAUCUAUUGUGAAAGGGGAUCUAAAAUGGUACUUCCUUUGCCCAAUUGAGAAGAAAUAUUCAGCUGGGGCUAGAAUGAAUCGUGCAACUGAUGUUGGGCACUGGAAAAUCACUGGAAAUGAAAGACUUGUUCAUUACGAUAACAAAUUGGUUGGUUCUAUAAAAACUUUGAUUUUUCACAUGGGAAAAGCACCAGGGAAACGAACGGAUUGGGUUAUACAUGAGUACAGACUUGAUAAUAAGUACCUGGCUGAGAGAGGAGUUGCUCAGAAUGGACAUGUGCUUUGUAUGAUUUUCCAUAAGGACGGCCUAGGACCAAAAAAUAAUGCACAAUACGGAGCACCAUUUAAGGAAGAAGACUGGAAUAAUGAUGAAGUCGGCUUUGUAGAAGUUGCCUCUUCUGGUUUUCCUACUCCAGCCUCUGUACUGCCUAAUAACUAUAGCAGUUCACUUGCUGCUGGCACCUCCCAAUGUGAUGGCACAGCUUCUGAGUCAUAUUUAUCUGAAACUGUGCUAUCUGAAUGUGAGAUGCUUCCAGCAGUUCACAGUAUUAAUGUUGUUUCAAAGAAGUUUAAUCAAGUUUACGAUGGGGAUGUUACUUUUUCAACAUCAGUGGUUUUAAAUGAAGAUAAGAAAAAUAAGAAUCCCAUUCAUGAUGGAACUGAUGAAUCUACUAUUUGCAAAGACUUGGGAGAUCUGGUCAACACAGCUGGACUAAGUGAAGGUGGAUUCAAUUUCUCCACUGGUUCUCCAGACAAUUGUCUUUACAUGGGGGAUCUCAGAAAGCCACUGCCUCCUGAAGCUGGUGAAUCUCAGCAUGUUUCAACCAAUGACCUGUAUCCCGGAUACAAUGCUAACAUUCAUUCAGAGCUGUCUCCGUUGAAUUCUUGUGAUGCUGCUCAGCAAAUAUCUGUGUCAGAUGUGUGUGAUCUGCUGCCUGGGUUUAAGAAUGUUAGUCAUAAUGGACUUGCUGAAUUGUCGUCUGAUGAACAUGGAAUUUAUGAAGGCUUGGGAGAUCUGGGCAAUACAUAUAGACAAGGAUGUAAUUUUUCCACUGGUUCUCUGGACGACAUUUUUAGCAUAGAGGAUCUUGAGCCUGAAGCUGCUGAACCUCAACAAGUCUUAGAUUUCUACCAAAUGGCCUUUCCAAACCAAAAAGAGAGAAAAAGAAAAAGACAAGAAGAUAAUGAUGAAAUAAAAUAAAAAUUGAAUGAAUUAAUGUGAUUGAUUUGUGUCGCUUGUGUUAUCAAUGUUUCUUCUCGAUUGUUUCUGAAAUCUGAGGUAGUAUUUCUUUCUGAAAAUUGAUAAUGGUUACUUUCAUGAUAUCAAAAAAUGUGGUCCAGUUCCUUAUUGUUUUA